GGUCACAGGAGUGGUCCCAGCAUAGAACAGUGUGGAACUUCGGAAGUAAGGAAUACAGAGUCUACAUUAAAAACUGGCUGCUUUCGUCUGUUGAAAUCACGAUCGGCGAUAACUAAAAUUCGCGAUAAAUCAAACGAAUGCUGUUCAAGAACCACUCUAAUGCGGGCUCAGCUUAGCCACAGCGGUAACUCCCAGUACGCGCGCUAUAACGAAAUGAAGUAACUUUUCCAUAAUGACGUAACAAAGGUUGCUAAGGUUUCCCGCCAGAUUUUCUACACACGCCGAACUGAUCGGGAGACAUUUUUUCGCUCUUCUACUUUUCUUAAAAAUGUCUCAUAGGAACCCAGUUUAUCGGGGCGGCUCGAUGAAGAAUUUAUCAAGCAAAGACAAAGAUAUCAUUCUUCGGCAAAAGACCGAGGAACUCGACGAAGCAAUGCAAGAGAUGAAAAGGCUAGAGAUGCAAGUCAAAACACAAAAGGAGGAAAACAACAACAAAAAGAAAAUGCUUGAGGAAGUAAACAAGUCUAUUUCUGAGAACAGAAAACUUAUGGAGGAUUUGUUAAAAGAACAGGAGGAGCGAGACAAGCUUAUGGAGGAUAGAGAGAAUGAGAUGUGCUUAUACAUUGCGUCCUUAACUGUCUCGCAGUUGGUCGACAAAACAGUCAACAUGUGUGAUACAUGCGAAAAAGACAGGGCUAUCGAUGAACUACACUCAAAGAAAGCAUCAAUAGAGCUGGUUGAGCAACAAGAAAUUCUCAACAACAUGAAGAAAACAGGGGAUGACCUAGACAGGGAAAUUUCCCAGCUGCAACGCCAAUUGGAAGUAGCCAAGGCAAAGCCAGCCACUGCUGAGAUUGCAUGUCAAGCAUCAAUCGAGAUGUCAAACUCUGAGGUGCAAACAACUUGUGCCUCGACAAACGAAUGUGAGACCCAGACAGAGAUCAUGAUCACCAUCAAAGUCACCCAAGAGACUCAGACUGACUCACUUCCAGAGAGGCAGGGUAACCCUGUGAGCCGCGCCUGGCGGCGCUUGAGGGAGAGAGUGCGCAGUCUCCGAGACCGCCUCUUUCCUGGUGCUGCCGCUGCUGCGCAGUAAGGUGCCUGGAGGUAGCUAGCACAGCUUGAACGAGCCCUACACAUCAACACAUCUGCCGAGUAUGUAGGGAAGCAGCCUUACUACCAAAGUGACCUCCAGUAAGAUGGUCUUUCCACCUUGUUGUGCUAGCUACCGGGACUGGCAUACCUUUGCCAGACUGGGUCUGUUGAAUUUCCUUUUGUUAUAUAAUUAUUAUCUAUUAUUAAUCUUAUCAAUCAAUUAUUAAUCUUAUCAAAUAACUUAAUUAUUACUUCUGGACCAAUCCAGAUGGAUGCUAGUUUUUUGUUAAAAAAUAUGAUAAUUGUCAUUACCUAAUGAUGCGCCAAAGGGUUAAGCUGACAUUAGACAUCUCGCUCUAGUAUCAGCUUUUCAACGUGAAGACAUCUUAAAUUUUUACCUAAAAAACAAUGUAUGUUCUAGCAUACGAAUAAUUCCAUCACUUUUUGCUGUUUUACACUCACACAGUCUGCAGUUUUGCUCAGAACCAUCCUGUGGUAACUAUGCUAUCUUGAGGGCCACACCCAAAGCACCUGUGCGCUCUGCCGUCCACCUUAGGGCAUUGGCUGCACAGGUGUUCCUGAUGAAUGGGGGUUAAGGCGGGAAAGGGUUCCGCGACACCAUGUUUUCAUGGGCCCCCAUGAUUCAGAGUUGGGUGUGGCCUCUCUAGUAUUGACUUAUCACCCCGUUGCACAGCCACAUGAAUGAAAUGCCUAACAUUAAAUGUGAGUGUAUUACAGGCAAAUUCAUGUCUGUAAGUAGGAAAAAAAGAACUGAGAUGACUUUAAUCAUAGCCAGUGUCAUGAUGUACAUAGAACUGUAAAUAGAGAUAAAACAUAUAAAUUUGCAGUCUAACUAUAGAAUUGCAUCAUAACUUUGAAUAUAUAUUGAAUAAAAAGACUGUAAACCCUA